ACGCCCCACCUUCCUCCCAAGCCACGCAACACAGAUCAAUUCUGCCUUCUCCAGCCACCGCCCGCCGGAAGAAAGAAAGCAUCUUUGCUUCUCGCCGCCGCCGGUGAGGGAGGGAGGAAGGAAGGAGGCAGGGGAUCCCAUUGGGUGUUGCCGGUUUGGAGCCAGGGUGAUGAGCUGCCUCACGUUCCGCCGCUCCGCCGCCGACGCAAGCCGCCUCCAGGACGGCCUCCUCGUCUUCAUGUUCUUCAUCUCGAUUCCCAUACGUAGUCUGAAUAAUAGUCGUACUAGUAGUAAUUCUAGUAUUACUAGUAGUAAUCUCUUGUAAACGCACGCCGCUCGUGCUCGCGGUUGCGUUCGCGCGGACGGAGGGGCCUUCUUCUGCUGCUGCUCCGUCUGAAUCUUCGUCUUCUUCUUCUCGUCGGGCGACGGUCGCGCCGGCGGCCAUGGAUCCCAACAGCUUCAAAACCGGAGGCCUUCUGCUUCCAACCAUUGAGAGGCGGUGCGCUUCGCCUCCAUCUGUGAUCGUGAUCGGCGGCGGAAUCUCAGGGAUUGCCGCGGCUCGUGUCCUCUCCAAUUCCUCUUUUGAGGUGACUGUCCUUGAGUCGAGAGAUCGAAUCGGCGGCCGUGUUCACACGGAUUACUCCUUUGGAUGCCCCAUUGACAUGGGAGCCUCAUGGUUGCACGGUGUCAGUAAUGAGAAUUCUUUAGCACCACUGAUAAGCCAUCUUGGGCUGAGAUUAUACCACACUAGUGGUGACAACUCUGUUUUGUAUGACCAUGAUUUGGAAAGCUGUUCGCUCUUUGAUAAGAACGGCCUUGCAGUCCCAAUGGAGACGGCUGCUAAAGUUGGCGUGAUAUUUGAGAAAAUUCUCAAGGAGACGGUGAAACUCCGUGAUGAGCAGGAGCACGACAUGCCCCUUGAACAGGCAAUCUCGAUGGUGCUUGAGAGGCACCCUGAUCUCAAGCUGGAAGGGCUAGAUGAUCGAAUCCUGCAAUGGUGCGUCUGCCGGCUGGAGGCAUGGUUUGCUGCAGAUGCAGAUGAAAUAUCUCUGAAGAACUGGGAUCAGGAACAUGUUCUCACUGGUGGCCAUGGCCUGAUGGUUGAUGGAUACUUUCCUGUAAUUCAGGCUCUCGCUCAAGGUCUCGACAUCCGUCUGAAUCAGAGAGUGAAGAAAAUUGCACGCCAGCAGAAGGGAGUGACCGUCACCAUCGAAGACGGCACGCAAUACUCUGCCGACGCCUGCAUAAUCACUGUGCCGCUCGGUGUGCUGAAGGCGAACAUAAUCAAGUUCGAGCCUGAGCUGCCCUCCUGGAAGAGCUCCGCCAUCGCGGACCUCGGCGUCGGCAUAGAAAACAAGGUCGCCAUGCACUUCGACAAGGCCUUCUGGCCUAAUGUCCAGGUGCUGGGCAUGGUCGGCCCUACGCCGAAGACCUGCGGCUACUUCCUGAACCUCCACAAGGCCACUGGCCACCCGGUGCUCGUCUUCAUGGCAGCCGGUCGGUUCGCCCAGGAUGUGGAGAAGCUCUCAGACAAGGAGGCCGUGGAACUCGUCAUGUGUCACCUGAGGAAGAUGAUACCCGACGCCACUGAACCCAGUCAGUACCUGGUAUCGCGGUGGGGCUCGGACCCGAACUCGCUGGGGUCCUACUCGUGCGACCUGGUGGGGAAGCCGUCGGACGUGUGCGAGAGGUUCUCGGCGCCGGUGGAGAGCGUGCUGUACUUCGCUGGAGAGGCGGCCAGCGCGGAGCACUCGGGAGCUGUGCACGGCGCAUACUCGUCAGGCAUGGACGCCGCUGAGGAAUGCCGGAGGAGGCUGCUGAUGAGGAAGGGCGUUCCGGACCUCGUCCAGGUCGGCGCCGCCGCCUGCGAAGAGAUGGCCGACGUCGUCGCCCCUCUCCAGAUUUGCCGCACCUAGAGAUGAUUCUUCGAUACAGCUGCGUUCUGCCAUGCCCGAUUGGUCUGAUGAUUGACAGAAGCCGAUCAAUGUGCAGUCGAUCAGUCCGAGUCGGCAGAACGCAAGAUUGAAUUCAGAUUUCCUUUUUUUUCACAUCUUCUAUUUUCUCGUGUUGCUUUGGAUCAAGGAACAUUUGAUCGAUGCCUGUGCUGCUGUGCACUGUGGACACUUGAUUUAUAGCGUUACCAAUUUGUUAUGUCCGAUCAAUCAAUAAAUUUUAGACAAGUGACAUUUGGGUA